AUGGUGAGUCACAAAUCUUCAGAGGCCAUGGACCCUUCUGACCGUUUUGCUUGUCUCAUUUCUCUAUCGUACUUAUUUCAUACGUUGUCCCUUCUGUUUACUUGCCGCGGUUCAUUUCGGCGAUUUUCGCGUGGUAUUUGUCAGCAUAGUUCCGGUCAAUAUGACCGUCUCGAGAGUUCGGCGUUGCGUAUAUGGAACCUUUACGUUUUUGGAACCGGCUUGGUGGGACUUUCGAGGCAUCUGUAUGACCUUAGCGCUUCCGCCCUAGCUGGAGGCACGAGCAGGCUACGAGUCUUGUGGUUUCUAUGUCAUUGUAGUGCAACAGUAUAG